AUGGAGAAGUCCACCAAGAUGGUGGCGGUGCUCGUCCUCGCCGUGCUGGCCGCGGCGACCAGCGCCGAGGCGAGGAACAUCAAGACGACGGAGGCGGCGUCCGCCAGCAAGGACGCGGUCCUGCAGCCGACGACCUUCCCGCCCUUCGAUCGCCUCGGCAGCGGGUCGCCGGGGUUCGGCGGGCUCCCCGGCAGCAGCGGCAUGCCGGGAUUCAGCCUCCCCGGCAGCAGCGGCGCCACCCCGGGCUUCGGCAGCAUCGGCAGCAUGCCCUUCCUUGGCGGCAGCUCCCCCGGCCUCGGCGGCUUCGGCGGCAUGCCGGGCUCCCCCGCUGCAGCUGCCGUCGACGAGCACGCCAAGAAGCCGUGA